UUGUGUAACGGUCGGAAUUCAGAGAGAGUAGGUCGGUCGGUCCCCGCCCUGACUUCUUUAAAUACCCACCAUCCCGAUGAACAGUUUAAUGGGACAUUAAUGUGGGGAUGUGCUGAUAUUACAUGGUAUCUAAAUAUUUUUUUACAGCGUGAAUACGUUUACUGUUUAGUUUCAUCUGACUUCUAACAUGGAGCUGGACCGGCGGCUGUUGCUGGCCCACUGUGCGGCUCACGCCCUGUCGAUCGUGGCUGGCUUGCUCGUUGUCGUGCCGAUGGCUCUCAACGGCUCCGCUUUCAAAGGCCGCUGCGCACUCUUCUCCACCGGCUACUGGAGGACCGAGAACCGGGCCGAGCUGACAGGACAGGCUGGAGACGUGCCUCACCUGGUGGUGCAGCAGUGGGGCCCACCGGCAGCCUGUCAGUUCGCCACAUUUGUCGGUAUUUUCACGGUGCUGUACGGUGCAGCGCAGGGAUGGAGGAGCCUCUUUUAUCUGCACGGACGACAUGACGACACCCUGUUUUCGUCCUUCCUGACGGUGCUGCUGAGCGUGUGUGUGCUCUUCCUGUCUGGAGGGGCCAGUGUUAUCUUGUCUCUGGGUCUGGUCUCGUGGUGUGAUACCGUGACUGAUGAUAACACACGGCCAUACAGCUGUGCAGAGUCCCAGUCUGUCCCACUUUACCUGGAUGUGGACACGUCCUCCUUCUACACAGACCUCAAUCUGGCACAGGUGUCUCUGUGGUGUGUGACAGCUCUGUGGUUGGCUCAGUCUAUCCUGGCUUUCCUGCGGCUCUACCACUCCCACAGCCAGCACAUCAGCGGGCCUUGUCUUCCCCGAGAGAAGGAGCUACUGCUGGGACACAGCCCAUCAGACAGCAUCUCCCCCUCACCUCCACAUCCUCCAGCAACACCCACCAUCUUAGUCUGAGAGUGAAUGAAGUUGUGGUAUAAGGUGUUACACAUAACUCCACUAUGUUAAUGAAGUUUAAACCUUUUUCCCCCUUAUAACUACAGAUAAUCUCCAUUCUACAAUUAUUACUAAUGCAUGUAGAAUAUGAAUGUUUUAAGUAUGGUUUAAGACAUACUAUUAAAGCUAUCUUUAUAUUUUGAUAUAAUUCAGCAUCUUACAUAAUAGAUUUUGACCAGUAGGUCACAUAGGAGCAUAUAUAUAUAUCAGAUGAUAAGUAACAAGAAAUUGUGGAGCAGGCAAAUGCCAAAGAUAUCUUUGAGGCGGUUUGUCCUUCAGAGAGUACUUGCAAGUUUAUAUUUCAAUUGUAAAGCAGGUUAAAAUACUUUGAUAACCAAAUUUAAGGGAUCCUUAUGUUUUUUUUAUGGUGGUUGUUUAUGGCAAACUGUGAAUCUGUGGCCGGAUGAUUUUUUCAGGCCCAGCUUAAAAAAAUCCACUAUCAAACAGGCUUUUUUACAUAAUGAAAUGAUGUUUAAGAAAGGCCAGCAUCACUUUCAUUAUAUUGCACUGCCUCAGUCAAGCACCCAUUACCUCAAUGACACCACAACUUAGCAUCAGUUUGUGAGUCACAGAAUUAAGCAUCCUUUUUUCUGAUAAACACUAGUUUAUCUUAACUCAAAACUCAAAAACCCAUUUCUAAAAUCCUUAAAGAUAUUCUAUGCCCUGCAAAUUGUAACUCCUGGAUUUCCCGUCCAGAUCACUGGAAAGUCGUGAUAUGUCGCGUUUGUGUCAUAUCAUUUAGAGCAUAAUUAGAUAGAGAGAGCUGAUAGAAAAUCGAUAGAUGCAUGAUUUUUUUUUUAUCUUUAGAGUUCAAAGAAAAUUAAAGGAUUUCAGAACAGCAGUAUGUGUUGUCGAACAAGCUGCUUGGUUUUUAAAACCCUGCUGGAGCAUAUUUUUCAAAAAAUCUGUGGCUUACUUCUGUGACUCGGUUGUAAUGGUAACACAUAUGAGGCACAAACUGGGACUAUUCUCAACUUUUUCUUGGUACAAAAGGGAUUUUACAGAAGAAAAAAAAUGCAAAGAAAGAUACACUGGAUAAUUAACCAGAUGUAUACAGUGAUCUAAUAGCCACAGUGUUAUUUUCAAGCUAUAGCUUAUCUUUGUCAUUUGACCCUUGUGAAUUAAUACAGUUUAUUCAGAUGGUGUUUAUCCUACAGUCUGAUUUCAAUAUAUUUAAAAUGCAUGGUUGUUUACAGUUCUGCUGGAGUCUAACAUUUUGCACAGUUGUGAGAUGUCCUCAUCAGGGAGAAUACAUUUUUGUUUACAUGUUCUGAGUCUAAUAUUCAGAUGUAGCACUGAGGCGCUUUUAUUGUGAAGCAUGUGGUGAGAGUGUGACUGAGCCACCGUGUAUGUGAAACAGGCUCACUGUGUGAGCAUGACCUGAAUGUUCUGUUGUGUAACAGAAGAAUGGCUACUGACCGUUUCCCUUCUUGUGACGAUUUUUAUUAUGAUGCUGUUUGUGUGGACACAGUCGCUCUCAGGGCGUUAAUGAAGCAGUCAAAUCUCCUCUAAUGAUCCAUUUAAAGUCUGUAGAGGAUAAUUAUAACAAUUAGGAGGUAAAUGUUCAACAAACUCUGAUAGUUUCCUAAUGAGAGAGAUUUGUGCGGAGCCCAAAAGGGUCAGUGUAGAGGAAAGAAGCUACUAACUUUGCUGAGUUUCUGUAAACAAAUGAUUUUAAGUUGUGUUUAAACUUCUUUCUCUUUGACCCAAGUGGUUGUAAUGACACACAAACAGUGGAGCAAGAAAUCUGAAGAAAACAGAGAUGAGUCAGCAUUGUCACUGGAAACAAACUCUAACAUAUGAAAUGUUUUUGUAUUAUACCCGAUCGUGAUCUUGCUUUUUACCUCUUAUAUCUGUUUGUGCUUAUUCAUAUUCAUGCUUUUGCAUUUGUCUUGUUCAUUGAAUAAAA